GCGAACGCUUGGAAAGUUUCACUCUCCCUUUUCUGUUGUCACCAUCUACUUUUCUUCAUCCUGCAGUCGUCUUCACUGCGUCUGGCUCCCCAACACACCAGCCAAGCUCGGGACACCCUGACUCGCAAUAAGAAGAUGAAAUCCUACCUCUCUUUUCCCGUCACCUGUGUGACGCUGCUCUGGCUGUGCUGCGGAGUGUGUUACUCCUCUCCUCUUUUCUACAACAUCUCCAUGGAUGGCAGUGGCGAUGAAGCCGAGUUGGGGCUCCUUUUCCCGACGUCUUUCUCCACCAGAGCACCGGUUCACGUGACCGCCGUCACAGAGCCUCCCACGCUAACCAACAGCAUCACCACCACCAUGAUCCGCCUGAAAGACUUCGUCCUGAGCCGAGUGGUGGACUUCCUACAGGAGCAUCUGCUCAUCAUCAUCGUUGUGACCUCGCUUCUCAUCGUAAUGGUCUUCAUCAUCUGCUGCGCCUCCGCCAUGAGUCACAAGCGCAAGCUGGAGGCCUACAAGCCCCCUCCUCAGCCAUCCAGGAAGUAUGCGGCCAGUAAAACUGCACGGAGCAUUCAUGCUGGCGAGCUCCAGGAGAGGCCGCUAGGUGUGGACCACGUCAAGAGGGUCCAGACUCAGAGCAUGGCUUCCCCCAAGCACCUGCGCAUGCCCUCCAAGGCUCUGGUGGGAGAAAAGGGCAGAGACGUCAGGUCGUCUCCUCGUCAGGAGGUCAGAAGGGUCAGAGAUGAAGAUGAGGUGGAAAAGCGGAGAGAGGAACCUAAAUACAGGGAACAGGUGAGGAGCAGGGAGGAGGUGAAGCAGAGCUUCAGUCCCAGCUCCAGUGCCAGUCAGCCCACCUGCACCUGCCACCUGAAGAAAAACCACCACUAGGACGUGAUCGACAGUUUUACAGGAGGGACAGGUCCACGCACUUAGGCCAUACGAGUCAAAAUAUCAUAUGAAAGGAAAUGAAUUUAAAUGAAGUGAUGCUUCUUAUAAAUAUAUUGCAAAAAAAUCAAUUGUUAAAAUAGUCUACAUUCAGAAUGGCUUUUAUAGGCCUGUAAAGUUUCAUUACAAAUACAGGAUUGUGACACUGUUUUCACACAAUAGUUUGAACAGAUAAGAUCAAUACUGACCUAAUGGAGAAUUUUGAGUAGUAGUGUUACACAAUAUACACAAUAUGUGAGAAUCCCGGCAAGUUGGAAAUGGUACAAAAGUGAUUUACAGUAUGUGCAUGCACACAUGUACACGUGCAGUACAUACGGUGUGAAAAUUUGACAAAGAGACAGAAUUUUAUUUAAUAUUUAACAGUUUUUAAAAUUGAACAAGGAGAUAUUACUGAAGACGGCCGAUUUCUGUGAAUGCAGUUUGAAGAAUUUCUGCGGCCCGUUUGUCCUGGUGUACCACCCAGUCUGCCAGCAGUUAUCCACAUGGUUUGUGUUGGUGGUUGGUACCACCCGUUCUCCACCGACGCUGCAUCACUUCACUGAGAUAAUAACUCUCCCUACCAAAAACAUUUGGAGAAAAAACUAAACACAGGAACAUUUUUUUAAGAUUUUUAAGAAAGGUAUUCAGCGUUUCCUGCUGCUUUUUGAAACGGCUAAGAGCGUCACCAUUGAAUCAACAAUUUAGAGUAAAAUCUUUGGUGCUGUAAAUAAACCACAAUGAAGUGCCAGUAAACUUGAUUAGUAACAAGUGUUUUUUUUAUAUAUAUAUAUCUACUUUCAUAUCUACUUCUUCUUUUCCUAACAUAAUUUUGGAGAGCACCCUCUUCCACUUCUAGGAUUUUACAUGAUGUGGUGUAAGUUAACAAAACAGCCAAAAUGCAGAAGCAGUCUGUAAAAAUUAAGUAUAUAAAAGUAUUUCAUAGCAUUAACUUGAAGCAGUUGUUCUCUGGAUGACGUUAUAAGUCUUCAUCAUUGUUGUGGAGGAAUUUUGUCCCACUCUCCUUUCUGUUGCUUCAGUUCAUGGAGGUUUGAUCUUAUUUACGAACAGCUCUUCAGGUCCCAGCUCAGCUCUCAGACAGGCUGAGGGCAGAACUGGACUGGACUGACUGCAACACUGUAAUUGUUUUCUUUUUUUAGUUCUGUGGUGACCUGCUUGGGAUCAUUGUUCUUUUGCAGGACUCCCUUUCAACUAAACUUUAGCUGUUAGAAUAUUUUGGUUUACGGAGGAGUUCAUGGUCGACUUAACUGCAAAGCAGCAAGGGUCCCAUGGCUGCGAAACAAAUAUAAAUCAUCACCCUUCUACCUCUGUGCACCUAGUGUGGUACUGUGCAUUAUUGCCAUCACUCUGGUCCCAUUUGUUCCAAGGACAUCAUUCCAAAUGUCCUGUGGUUUGCUUGGAUGCAGCUUUGCAAAUCUGAGCCAGGCUGACAUGUUCUUUUACAAAGAAGACGCUUUCUACUGACAGUCCCUCCAAACAACACAUGCUUGCAGUCUUUUUCUAAAUAUAAAAGCAAUUUCCUUCGGCGUUCCUCUUUAGGAAUCAACAAAGUGGAUGAUUGUGUUCUGCAUAUCAAUUUGGUAUUGGUUCCAUGUCUGACGCCCUUCCUAACACUUUUUUUUUUUUUUUUUUUUUAAAGUUUUUUUACAGUUUCUCUGAGAAUUGUAUGACUUGACCUUGGGCUGAACAUGAUGGGAUAGCUACUAGCUUCACUAUGGAUUUCCUCCUGUGAAUAAACUGCCUAACUGUGGAAUGACAGACUCAGAGUUAUUUGUAAAUAAUCUUAAACCCGUCCAAUUGGCAAUUGCUCCUCUAAGAUUAAUGCUGAUGUUUUUCCUAUUUGGCAUUAGAUUAACAAAGACCAAAACGCUCCAGAUAAUCAAACUGAUCAUUUUUCCUCUUUUUAUAGAGGUGCUCACACAUGCUGAUGACCAUUAAUUGUUUAUUUGAUUUGAAGCCCCUGGCUAACUCCUGUGGAAGCAGUGAAAGGCUACUUCGUUUUUCAUGCACUGAUUCUGCAUUUAGGCUUUGUUUUUGUUAAGUAAGUACACUGUAAUAUGUCAUGUGUUGCUGUUCAUUUGAGGUUGUAUCUGAAGACCUAUAUAAUAUUCUUAUAUAUUUUGUCUAAAUAUAUAAACCUCUGAAAGUAACCUGAAUGAGGGUGUACUUUGUUUUCUCUAUUGCUGUAUGUCAUAUGAUAUUGUAUUUCCAUAAGAAUCCAAUUUUCAGAUGUUUUAUUUCUGUAUGUGAAUUAAAAGCAUGCAAAUCUUUGUUUUAUUUGUAUUUCCAUAUUUAUUUGGUUGAUAAUUCUGAUCCACCUUUAACUGGCUAGUGUAUUAAUACCAGGGGUAUCAGUUUAAAAAAAAUUGUGAAUUAGAUUUUAAGUAUUUUUCUUUAACAAUUAAUACUUAGUAUAAGAAGUUUUUGUACUUAAUGUAAAGAUUUAAAAUGAGUCAUAGUACAGUAUAGGGAUAGUUGGUUGGAUGCCGGGUUUUGCAUAUUAAUCUGCUUUUAUUUGUCAGAUAAUUCUGGAAAAGAUAAUGACAUUCCCCGACUCACUGUAUCAUUCCUGAAGUUAGAGACUCCUAAGUGUCCUUAAGACACCUAACAUUUGUGUUUGGAUGUUUUCAGGACCCGUUUGUGACGUUAAAACUUUUUUUCUUUCUUUCCGCUAAACCUCAAAUCGUUUCUUCCUCUGUGACAAUUUAAUUGUUUACAAAAUUACGGUUUUGUUUUUGCUUAUGUUCAAUAAAACUAUUGAUAGUG